AUGGUCAAGAUUGCUAUUAUAAGUUAUUCCACUUAUGGUCAUGUUUUAACAUUAGCAAAAUCAAUUCAAAAAGGUAUUGAAAAAUCUGGUGGUGAAGCUGAUAUUUUUCAAGUUGAAGAAACUUUGAGUGAUGAUGUUUUAGCGUUAAUUCAUGCUCCUGCAAAACCUGCUGAUAUUCCUUAUAUAACUCCAGAAAUUUUACAAAAUUAUGAUGGUUUCCUUUUUGGUAUUCCUACAAGAUUUGGUAAUUUACCUGCUCAAUGGUCUGCAUUUUGGGAAAAAACUGGUAAACAAUGGGCUCAAGGUUCUUUCCAUGGUAAAAUUGCUGGUAUUUUUGUAUCAACUGGUACUCCAGGUGGUGGUCAAGAAACAACAAUUAGAAAUAUUUUAUCAAUUUUAACUCAUCAUGGUAUAAUUUAUGUUCCAUUAGGUUAUGGUAAAGCUUUCCCAUUAUUAACAUCAUUAGAUGAAGUUCAUGGUGGCUCUCCAUGGGGUUCAGGUACUUUUGCAGGUGGUGAUGGUUCAAGACAACCUUCAAAAUUAGAAUUAGAUAUUGGUGAAAUUCAAGGUGAAUCUUUUUAUAAUACUGUUCAAAAAAUUGUUGCAAGUAAACAAGCAAGUAAAUCAAAUUCAACUGCUAAACAGACAAGUCAAGGUACAGGUGCUACUACUACAGGUGCUACUGCUGCUGCUACUUCAGGCGCUGCUGCUACUGCCACUGGUAAUACUAAAGAUACAACUGGUGCCACUGCUACCAAAGAUUCUAAAAAAGCUCCAGAAUCUAAAGAACAAGUUGUUAGAAAACAACAAGCUCAACCUUCAAAAGAAGAAUCAAAAUCUGAAGGUGGUGUUUGUGCAAAAUGUAUUGUUAUGUAA